AUGGCAGUUCCAAAAAAACGCACUUCGAGAUCAAAAAAACGUAUUCGUAAAAAUAUUUGGAAAAGGAAGACAUAUUGGAUAGCAUUAAAGGCUUUUUCGUUAGCGAAAGCUAUUUCUACUGGGGAGUCAAAAGGUUUUUUUUUGGUACGCCAAACAAAAAUAAAUAAGUAA